AUGCAUUCUACCCAUGGUCAUCUUAUCAUUCUCUUAAUGUCGAAUUCAACAGCACGAUGCUUAUGUCGAAAGGUCAAAAUCGAAAAACUCUUGGUGUAUCCCCCCAUAUUUAUGUCGAAAAAGUUUGAGAUUGCCAUGUUGUUCGCGGGGGCAUCCCGAUUCGAGCAAAUGCCGAUCAACUUCUGGUGCGGCGCCACACAAGGACAGCCCUUUCCAGAUCGUACUGGCCUGUAA